CGGCGGGGCGGGGCGGCGACCUUGCGGCCGGUUGAGGCCAGAGCCGGAGCUGGGCCCGGCCCCGCUCCGCCUCGCCAAGGCCCGCCAAGGCGGUGACCGAGGCGAGGGGAGCCGUGUCGCGUAGCGUCGCGUCGCGUCGCCGGGGGCCCUGCGGCUGGCUGGGGCGGAGCGGGGGCCCGGAGAGGAAUGCAACAGACGGCCCGGGAUGAAGGCAGGCAGCCCUGGCCGGAGCCGUUCGGCAGCGUCAGCCUCUGCCUCCCCUUCCGCUGCCCGCGGUGCGGCGACCAUAGCCGGUUCCGGAGCCUCUCCUCCCUGCGGGCGCACCUGGAGUACAGCCACAGCUACGAGGAGAGGAGCCUCCUGACCAAGAGCAGCCUCUUCUCGCCGCUGAAGGAUGCGGAGCUGGUCUCCCCGCCCGAGCCCGCCGCCCAGGGCAGCCCGGGGAGCCCCGGCAGUGCCGUGCAGCAGAAAAGGCUGAGUUUCUGCGAGAGCGGGAAGCGCGGGCAGGCUCUGGAGCUGGAAGCCGAGCGGCCCGUGUCCUACGUGUCAAACUAUGUGUCGGCUGACUCUCCCUGCGAGCAGGUGCCAAAAACCGGCCUCACGGCCACUGACUCCAAAGCCUCCUUCGAGGCACACGUCAGAGAAAAGUUUAACAGGAUGGUAGAGGCCGUGGACAAAACGAUCGAGAAACGAAUCGACAAGCUUACCAAAGAGCUGGCCCAGAAGACGGCGGAGCUGCUGGAGGUGCGGGCAGCCUUCGUGCAGCUCUCCCAGAAGAAGCAGGAGGUGCAGCGGCGGGAGCGGGCUCUGAGCCGGCAGGUGGAUGUGGCGGUGGAGAUGAUCGCAGCCUUGAAGCAGCGCCUCAGCGAGUCCGAGGAGGAGCUCCAUCGGAAAGAGGAAGAAGUUGUUACUUUCAACCAUUUCCUGGAAGAAGCUGCAGAAAAAGAAGUGCGGGGAAAAGCCAGGCUCCAGCACUUCAUUGAGAACCUGUUGCAGCGUGUGGAUCUGGCAGAAAGGCAGCUAGAAUAUUACCAAAAUCAGCAGAUGGUGUGCAACCACACAAACAUCAGCGAGCACGUGUUUACAGACAUUUCAUUAAAUAAGAAACCCAGAUGCCUGAGCAGAGGAAGUCAACAUGCUUUGUACAACAUCCCUGAUGCAAAGCCCCAUUCCUUUCAAAAAGGAAGGAUCUUGUUGAAAAAAGCAAAGGAUGAAAAAAACAGCUUGCAGCCAGUGAAAUGCUCCUAUGAACCUGUUGAUUGCCCAAGAGAAAUAUGGAGAGCACAAAAGAAAGGUGAAUCAGCCUGCUCUGCCAGGAAAGUGAGCUCAAAAUCCAAGAUGGGAAAAAAGGCCAAACCAUUAUAGGAAUGGUUAGCAAUAUAUAGUAACACAGGAGCUUGGCUUCAGUGGAACAAAUAUUGAAUGAAGUUAAUCAUCCUACUUCUUCCUAUCCAUCUGGCCAUGCCAAAACAUAUCAGAUAUAAUAUAUAGAAAUAUAUACUGUAGGGGAGAUUUAUAUUAUUUAAUAAUGCCAUUCCCUCUUUGGGCACUAUAAGAGAAGGUGACAUUCAGUUUACAUGGAGGUUUUUCUAUUUAUUUAUUUAUUUAUAGAGCUUAUUUUAAUGGACUGCAGUUAUCUUGCUGGGCAGUACUGUGGCUGUAUGUUUAAUUAUUUUAGUGGCAGCAUGUGGCUUGGUAAUUUAUUAUCCAUCUGUGCUGUUGCUGAAGUUCAGCAGAAUCCAUUUAAUUGGCACCUAACUACUCAGUCUUUCAGCUUAGAUAGGUACAAGAUCAAUGACUGCUUGCAGCAGUAGAUUGCUACUUUGGAUCUGCUGCCAGAAACCCAGCUGGGCACAUUUCCACAUUUUAUUGCAUACAUUAAACUGCUCAAUCCUGCCAGCAGCCAUGUUGUCUGUAGGUGCAAGUUUGGGCUGCUCUGGUGUCUCAAGCACCGCCUUCAAAUUCCAGAAGGUUUAUGGUUUUGCUUCACAUACCAACCUCUGGUAUCACUCAGUGAGGAGACCAGGAGCUAGGAUGGCAGCCCAAAUUUCAGCGUGGCUGCACAAAUUUCAGUACCAAGUGCCAGCAGCAGGUUGUUACCAGCUGCGGAGCAGAAAGCAAAAGGCUACAGCAAUGUGUUACAUUGCAUGGCACCAUCUUCAAUGCCUCUGCUUGGUUUUAGGCAUAAAAGGCCUAAAAUGGUUAUGAUCAUAACCAAAACCCUUCACAAUUUUAUCUCAGAAAAAUCUUUACAGAGCUGAGAAAUCUCUGAAUUUAAACGAAAACCCCAAGAGCAAGGAGGUUAGAGACAAAUGCAGGACAGGAAUGAGUGCAUUUACAUUGGUUUGUGCCAAUUAAAAGGUUCCUUAUUUAUCAGAGUAUUAAUCAAGAUGAUUUUUGUAUGUACAGUUUUUUGGUAACAUGAAUCCUCAUGCUGUGUUUACAGAUAUGAACAUCCUGUAGAUAUUACUGAUAAGAUUUGUUUUCUUAAGAAAAAGAAAGAAUAGGGGAGACAAGUCUGUAAUUUAUUUUUUAAAAGCUCAUAACAGAUGUAAAUUGUUUUUGUGGAAGGUGAUUUUUACAGUAUGUGUACAAAGAUUUGUGAAAAAUGUUUUUCAUUUUUUAUGACUAUGACUGUAAGCAGAACUGAGUAUUAACAGACAGUGUAUCACUAUGAUUACUGCUGCAAUAAGCACCUGAGUUGCAAUAUUUUUAAAGCAGAAGAUGACUGAUCAGUCAGCUAGGAUCAGAUAACUACAGAUGUCAUACAUUUGUCAGUGUACAAAGCUCCCAGAAAGUAGCAGAGUGAAGAGAGUAUUAUUCUCACUUUUAUUUUAAAUAGUGUAUAAGGAACAAUCAGAUAUAUGUUUAAAGUUUCUCAACAGUUUCAGUAGAAAGUCACAGUGUAAAACCAAUUCAGGUAUUUAGGUUGUAAUGACAUUUUAAUAUUUCUUGAACCACGUUGCAAGGCCUCACUUGGCCUUAUGCUGGGCAUUGUGUGUGGUGAAAAGGAGUUGUUAAAUGUGUUGCAUGGGUCCGAUGGUGUGUUGCAACAACUGUCUUUGUCAAGCCACAAAAUAGAAACAUCCUUUAGUUUUUUCUAUUGCUCCCAACAUCCUUUACUUACUUUUUGAAGAUAAUGAAGGUGAACUUUUGAAAGAUAUUAAAGUAAAAUAUAUUCAUCUGUUCCUUUAUCCACUUGACACUGAAAGAAUAUUUUUAUUUUUAAAUGCCUAUCUACUCAGUCACCAAAGUUAAGUGCAACUACUAGUUCACAAAUGAGAUGUUUAUUUUAUUAUUUAUCACACUAAAAUCCUGACUGUAAGUUGUCCUUUUGGGGAAGGAAGAGUAAGAGAGUAAAAGAAGUUGCAUGUUCUUAAAUUUUUCAAAUCCUGUUAUUGUUUUUCGCCAAACAAUUGCCAGGUUAAUUAGAAAGAAAUUGCAUUGUACUGUAACCCCUGGUAAAAAUUUUUAGAACAUAAACAUUCUAAUAAUAAAGAUGUAUUUCUCA